AUGACCCUGGUGGCCUUCAUCUCUGAUACCAAGACCGAGAACGGCAUCCAGCUGCACGAGCUGGCCACCGCGCCAAAUGUGGCUGGGAAUCUUAUCUCUCAAACUGGUCCGAAGAGGAACGUGGUGGGCCUUUUCGGCAACUCCCUGGAGGAGUUCCAAAGCUCCGGACGCAAACUGGAGGAGAUUGAGGUCCUGGUGCUCUCGGUCUUCAGCGGUGGCAGGGCGGAGGUCAUCAGCGAACUAUGGCCACAUGUGAAGGUGAAGUGGAUCCACUGCCUCUCUGCUGGAGUCGACACCCUGGUGCCGGUGCUCAAGACCUUGCCGGGCGCACUGGAGACGCCGUUGACCAACGCCAAGGGCGCCUUCUCCAGGUCGCUGGCAGAGUACUCUGUAGCAGCGAUGAUGUACUUCAACAAGCAGAUACCGAGACUUCAGGCCCUUGGGAGACGGUCGACCGAUCAGGGCACCGUGGACGUGCGUGGAGCGAUGCGACGCGUAGCGAUCGAGUGUGCGACGAAGCGAUCGAUGGGACGGACGGUGGAUGCCGAGGAGCUCUACGGCAAGACCUGCGGCUUCGUCGGCUUUGGCGACAUCGCGCAGACCACCGCGAAGCUGUGUCGGGCGCUGGGGAUGAGGGUCCUCGGCUGGCGCAACCGACGCGGUCUCCCCGGCGAGGAGCGGGGGCCAUGCCGCGGGCGGAGUCAGGAGGAAUUGGCCGACGCGAUGUUCUACGCGGGGGAUGGGCCACAAGCGAAGGAGGAAGUCUUCAAGCAAUCCGACUUUGUGAUUUGCUCCCUCCCGGGUGGCGAGGCCACCUACCAUGCCUGUGGAGCAGCGGACUUUGCAGUUCGGGGCCCUGGGUGA